AUGGCCAACUCGCUCGGAAAACGUAAGCAGCGUGAAGGGGAUGAGGCGCAUCUGUCGGAAAGUCAUGGAUCAACUUUAUUUGUCUCAAAUUUACCCUAUUCUGCCACUUCUGUCGACCUACAGACCCUCUUCUCUGACUUCGCGCCCGUACGAUCUGCUUUCGUUGUCCUCGAUCAGGCUUCUGGUAUUUCUAAAGGAGUCGGGUAUGUUUCUUUUGCUAUCAAAGAGGAUGCACAAAUGGCACUGGAAAAGGUCGAUCGGGAAGGUAUAGCGUUAGAUGGUAGAAGCUUGCGACUGCAAUGGCCAAAUAACAAAAGCAAGGACAAGUCGUCUCAGAAUAAGGUCAAAAUUACGAGGCCAGAGGACCUUGAUGCAAGAAAAGCAAAACCCUCACGGCCUUCGUCAAGCUCGGCGCCGCGUGAUCCAUUGGCGAUUCGUACAGUAGUCAUUACUGGUCUACCCAGAACAGCAGACUCAAAAACGAUAUGGAAGAAGAUACGCAAGCUAGAAGGUGCCGAGAAGGUGGAUUGCGUCGAUUCGAGCGCAGCCCACGCCCUUUUCGUGACACCGGCUACUGCGAUGGAGGCGGCGAAUAAACUCCACGCGCACGUAUUCAAAGGAUCUCUACUCUCCGCGACUCUCAAGAAGCGUCUUGAUGGGCUAGCAAAUGCACCAAAGAAACUACAAGCAGCGAAGGAGAAAGGUCCCGCGCCAAACCGCGCGAGCAGACUGAUCGUGCGGAAUCUCCCGUUCGAUAUCACAGAGCAGGACUUGCGUGCUGUGUUCCUUCCAUAUGGCCCCAUCUACUCAAUCGACAUACCCUCUGUGGAGGCGCCAAAACCAGAAGAGGAGGACGUAAGGCCGAGCGCUGCGCCGCGGAAGAAAGGUUUUGCGUUCGUGUGGAUGCUGAGCCGCAUGGAUGCGGAGCGCGCGAUGGAACAGUGCAAUGGGAUUGCAGUGGAGGCGGGCAUGGCAGAGCGCCUGGUUUCGGACAAGCAGAAGCGGAAGAAGCAGAGAAGAGAGGAGCAGAAGAUAAUGAAAGCGUCAGGUGCGGUGGGCCAUGCAGAAUUGAGUGGAGAUAAUGGUGGUGAAAGUGGAGGCGAGGAAGAGGGGGUGGCUGGCAAGAAGCUGCAUUCCACACGAAGGAUUAUUGCAGUGGACUGGGCAUUGAGCAAGGAAAGAUGGGAGAAGGAAAAGGCAAGGGUUGAGCAGAAGGAUAUUGAGAUGGAGAGGCUUGAUGGCGAUGAAGACAGCGGGAGUGAGAGCAGUGCAAGUGAAAGCGACAGUGACAGAGGGGAUGACGAAGAUGAAGAGCUCCUUGGAGUUCAUGAGGACGACGAUGAGUAUGAAGAAAAAGGUGGUGCUAGUGGAGAGGACGGUAGUGACGACGGCGCGGAGGAGCCUAGUAAGCCUGUUUUGCCUCCCCCAGAAACGGGUACGACGCUGUUUGUCCGCAAUGUUCCAUUUGAGGCGACUGAGGAUGAGCUUAGGACACUGUUCCGGGCUUUCGGACCUCUUCGCUAUGCUCGUAUUACCAUGGACCAUGAGAUUGGGCGUUCGAGAGGCACCGGGUUCGUCUGCUUUUGGAACAAGGCAGAUGCGGACAAGGCAAUAGAACAGAGUGAACUUCUACGCGCUGAAACCGUCACCAACAAAGUUGCUGUGCACAAAAAGAAUCCGUUUAAGCUCCCAUCCCUCCUAACACCUGAUCCCUCAGCAUCCGUAGCUCAGAAUCUAGUAUUACAAGGCCGAACUCUGGACGUGAUACGCGCCGUCACCAGAGAUGAGGCCGGCAAGCUGAAGGAAGAGGGAGAGAGGCAACGAGAAAAGGCAGACAAGCGGAAUCUAUACCUGUUGCGGGAAGGCAUCAUUCUUCCAAACUCUCCUGCGGCUGAGACUAUGAACCCUGCAGAAGUGGAGAAGCGCACACAGUCAUUCAACGCCCGUCGCACGUUGCUUCGUUCCAAUCCGUCGCUGUACGUCUCGCGGACACGACUUAGCAUUCGGCAAUUACCUGUUUUUGUCACGGAGCGCAUCGUGAAGCGUCUAGCUAUCCAUGCGGUGCGAAAAUUCGAAAAGGAAGUCAAGGAGGGAAUAAGACAGCGGCUUAGUGAGGAUGAACUGCUGGAGGCUCGCGUGGCUGAAGACGAGGAUACGCCAGCAAAAACAGAGGUCGACGAGGGUGGCGCAAAGAAACCGUUACGCGAGCAGCAUAAAAAAGGCGGUAGACCUACGGGAGUCAAGCAAGCCAAGAUUGUGCGUCAGUCAGAUCGUGUUGAUGCCGUCACCGGAAAAGGACGGAGCAAAGGAUAUGGUUUCCUGGAGAUGACUUCACAUGCAGAUGCUCUGCGUGUAUUGCGGUGGGCGAACAACAAUCCAGCUGUUGCCACGCUGUUCGAGGAGUGGUGGAAGGCUGAAUUGGAAGACCUGGUGAAGAUCGAGAAGGCAAAGCCAAAGAAAGAUGAGACUAGGCUCAAGCGGAUAGUGGAAGAACUCGGGCGUGGUGCACCAGCGAGGAACAAAGGGACGCUUAUCGUCGAAUUCUCGAUCGAGAAUGUGCAGGUAGUCCAGAGGCGUGCAGCGCAUCAGCGGGACACUCACCAGAAGGGGGAAGUACCAAAAGUGAAGCGGAGAGUGUCCCUGUCCGAUGUUAAAAGAGAGCAAUCAGAGGAACGUCCGAUUAAAAAACGACGUACAUCUGAACCUCAUGGAAAUUCAGGUUCGCCGACAAAAGCAAAAGAAGAAAAGGCGAAAUCAGGACAACAGGUUGGUUCAUUGAUCGGCAGAAAGCGUAAGGAGCGGAAGUCCAAGAAGCGAGCUAGCUAG